AUGUUGGAAGCAGGGAAAAGCUCUUCGGUGAAUGGCGGGAACGGCCGGGAGCAGAGCUGCUGGGACAACGGCGAGGAGGAGGUCUCCGCGCUGUCGAGGCACACCAAAGUGGUCGUGACCGGGAACAACCGGACGAAGUCGGUGCUAGUGGGUCUCCAUGGAGUCGUCAAGUCCGUCGGGCUCGGCGGCUGGCAUUGGCUGGUAAUUUCCCUUUGACAGUUCUUUUCAUACGAGGGAAAAUGCGGCUUGCUGGAUUGUAAUUUGCAUGAUCCCCCGGGCUAUUGCGAUCUUCUCGACGUCUUUGGAUAAUCUAGAAACUGAUCUUCGUUUGCGGGUUUCUGUCGUGAUGUCGUGGAAUAUUUGUUUUUAUGUUGCGGCAGCUAUCCUGAAUUCUCCAUCUAGUGUAAUUCACCUAGCCGGGAAAAUUAUCUGUGGAAUUAUUCUUUUUCUUAUGGCAAACCUCCGUCAUGUCAUCUGCAUGUGCCUUCCCAUGGUGAGUUCUUUUCCUGUACGAUGAUUGGGGUACUCUCUGGCUCCCCUAUUAUUGUUCUUGCACGUGAAUAAUCGCACUAGGUCGCCAUUUCUAUUAAAUAGCUUUAAUUUUUUUUUCCCUUAUCUUGUUAUCUUAAAUAGCUCUAAUUUUUUUCCCUGAUCGUGACCUUCAUCUUCUUUCAAUUUUGAUUUCUUGUUAUCUCGUCGGAUAGUCUCCAUAUUCUGUGUUAUUCACGGCAAUACUUUAUUCCUGAGAAGGAAUUAUUCUUUCGACAAUCCCUGAUCUAAUCAAUUUAUUUUUUUUUAUAGUUUUUUUUAAAUCCAUUUUUCUAGGUUCUGGUUCUCUCGAUAUAUUGCACUCUUAUGCAAAGUCUAUGGCUUUUUUCGUUUGAUUCGAUAUUGAUUUUGAUUUGCACUAUUUUUUAAUUUUCAUGUUUAGUUUGGUAGUUGUGUGUGUCUCUCUCUGGAAGUGUCAUAAUUAUGCCUUUUAUUCUGAGAAUCUGCUUGUUUUGGUAAAUAUUUUGAUGUCAGACAGAAUUUUAUAUUAUUUUUGACGAAAGUCAGUCCUUGAUUUGGUGAAUUGGGCCCAUUUACUGGUUUAUAUCCUUUACUUCAGGAUUUACCAUUAAUUAUGCAUGAGGAGUUGCUUGUGUUAUACGUUUUUAAUGUCAUAUUUACUAUUUCUUUGACGGCUGGAUCAUUCUUUUUCUUUAUUGUACACCGAAAGAUCAACAUCUUUCAUGGCAGAGAAGUUCCCAGUUUUCCUUCUUUUGGAUGACAUGGAUAGCUCACCUCUCGAAUCCAUUCUGUUGACUUUCUCUUCAGAAAUGCUGACAGAAGAGGAAACUAUACUUUACUGAGUACCCGAUGUGUGGCUUCUAUCGAUAACUGGGUUUGGAGCUCCCAUGGUUGUGGACUGAUGACUGGGUUUCUGGCUUGUGUACGAUCCUCUCCAGGAUGAGCCCUCUGAGUCAGAAACUUUGUGCUGCUUGAUAUAUCUCCUCUAACACGCUUGAAUAAUACCUGUUAAGUCGGGGGGGGUUGGGGGGGGGGGGUGGUUUGGGGUUUAGUUUAUGUGAUCGUGGUUGUUAAACUGGAUUCAUCUCCCUUUGUUCGUCUCAUAAGCCCAAGUCUUAUAUUUCAUUUUAUUGAUUAAAGUUUUAUAUUUUCAUAUUAUUGACUUUACCUUUCCUUUUAUAUCGUCAUUUAAUGUAUCUUUCUCUCUCUAGUCUAGGAAAUCUCUGUAAUGAGAGAAUAAGUCUAAUCCCACAGAGUUAUUUUGAUCCAUAUUUUCCGUGAUUUUUUUUUCCAGUUUUGAAUCAUAUGAUGCCUCAAAUAUCAUUUUAUGGAAGUGAUGGUGGGCUGUGUAUAUUUGAGAAUGCAGGUUCUGACCAAUGGCAUUGAGGUGAAGCUGCAGAGAAAUGCUCUUAGUGUGAUUGAAGCUCCAACUGGCCGCGAGGAGGAUGAUGAGAUGGGUGUCGAGUGGAAUGGCUCUGACGUGGGUGCGUAUGGUUUUGACUUUCUUCUAUGAUUUUUUAAUGGGAUGUAGGAGUUUGGUAUGUCACUCAUCCAAUCAGAGUUUGUCUGCUACAUUACAUCUGUUGGAAGGAUCUUGGACAAAACUCUUGAAGCAGGGACUCUUCUUUACCAUGAACAAUAUGAAUAUUAUUAUUGUUAUGAUUGUGAUAGUUACUACAUCAUCAUCUCCUCAUGAGAUCUUUGACAAUUCCUUCUCUUCUAUUCAAUCCCUCAGCUUCUGAGUGCACUCAGAGGUCCCCAAGACAGAAGCACAAGUCACCCAGAACCAUGGGCUCAUCCAACCGGACCCUCAGCCCGUCUCAUUCCUGUGGUUCUCAACCCAAGGGACCCACCACUUCAUCAGACUGGCCCACCACAGUAUGUAAAGCAUAUGCCCCUUGCUCCUCCAAUCUGUUUGCUUCUAAUUCUGGAAUUAUUUUUUCUAUUUAUCUGAAUUUUAUUUUUAUUUUUUAUGGGUUCAUGUUUAUCUUCAUCUCUGACUUCUUCAUGGGUAAUGCGAAAGAUUUCCUUUUUUGGGUGCAGAGAGUUGACCUAGGCAAGCUCAAGACGACGGCGCUGUGGAGAUACUGGAGGCAUUUCAAUCUCGUGAGAUCUCCACCGCCCAUAUCGAAUGUGAUUACUCUGCAUCCGAUUAUCUUCUGACGGGGUGUGUGCCUCUUCUCUUUGGUCCUCGUGGCAGGUGGGCCCGGCCCCCGGUCCCACACUCUCCAAGGAGCAGCUGAUCAUGGCCGUCCAGAGGCAUUUCACGUCGCAGGUACCAUACCACACACCAGCUGGCCCUCCCCUUCCCUGCCCACUGACUGGAUCAAGUCAAAUCGCUGACUUUUUUCUCCAAAAAGCAAUUGGAUGAGCUGCAGGUGAUCGCAGGGUUCAUCCAAGCAGCAAGGCGGCUCAGGCGGGCCUGCACCCCGUUGACCAGCAGCUCGACCCACAGCUGA